UUCGGUCGAUUUGCGCCCGUCUCCGUCCAAUUUUUGCACCCAUCGGAGAAAGUUUCUUCUUUUUUAGAGUUUUUCCCCUUCAGUUUUGUCAAUUUUGGCGUCAAGUUUUGGAGUCCUCUCCGGCACAAGAGGUAGAAGAGAGAUGGCUCCGUUGAACCACCAGCAGAUUCUCAUCAAGAAGGCCCUGGCGAAGAAGCCCAAGUGCAAGAGGAUCUCCGGGUUUGGCCUUAAACCCUCCGCUGCUCUCCUCAAGGCCAAGCCGCAGCCGCAGCCGCCGGCGCCGGUCCAGCCGAGGCGCCGCGUCCGCGUCCUCUUCGAGGACCCCGACGCGACGGACUCGGACUCUGACGACGAAGAGGAGGCCGGCACCGCCAAGUCCAAGCGCUUCUCUUUUGAGAUGUUCGUCGGCAAGGCCCCUGCAAAGCCGGUUCUGCCGGCGGCCACAGUGGCCGCGUCCACCAGCGGCGGGACGCCGGAGAGCUACCGCGGCGUGAGGCUCCGCAAGUGGGGCAAGUGGGCGGCGGAGAUCCGCAACCCCUUCACCGGCAAGAGGCAGUGGCUUGGCACCUUCGACACCGCCGGCGCGGCCUCUGCCGCCUACCUGUCCGCCUCCAGGAGCUUCGCCGAGGAGAAGCGCCGCCGCCGCGGGCAACCUGUGCCCGCUUCCUCACCGGCUACCUCGGCAAGCACCACCCCGACGGCAUCCUCUUCGUCGUCCACCUCGGCUGCUCCGUUCGCCCACCCGUCGCCGUCCUCCGUGCUCGAGGGCACCAAGCCUGCACCGAAGCCGGAGGAGUCCUCGGAGCCGGUUGCAACCCCCGUUCUGCCGUCCACCGAAUCUUCGCAGCUGCCGGACGACCCUGAGUUCUACCAGGACCUUCUGCGCGGGCUGCAGCUACCCGAUAUCGACCCGAUGGACUUCCGCGCCGGCCUGGACGCCUUGGACGUCUCCGACGCGCCCUUCUGCUUGGACGACGAGCAGGACCUGCUGUUCGGGGACUUUGCGGACGAGGAGAUGGACGACCUCGACCUCCUCGACGACAUCAACGAUGUCUUCCCGGAGCUGCCCGGCUGCGACCUCGGCCGCGGCAUGGACGACUUUCUACAAACCGUGGAUUUCUGCGUGUGAAUUAAGAAGUGCCUUAGUGUUACUUUGUUGGUGUGAUAAAAUGGUCCUGCGAGUGUUCUUGGGACGGAGAUUUCUUUGGGUUUUUUCCCCGGGCAACACCAUCUGCUCGCGCCCAAGGAAAUUCUCCGGCUCCAAGCUAG